AUGGAUGCUGAGAUACUAGCACCUCUCACCUCUCUGGAGGCCCGGCUCAACACCCUCCUCGCCGCCAUCACCUCUACUCCCACCGCCUCUGGAGCUCCGGCCGCGACGGUCUCCCUGCUCGAAGCCGACGAUGCGCUGACCGGUGCUCUGAAAACACUCAGGGUACACCAGGCAAACUACUCCAAGAUCCUUCGACUACGUGCUGAAGCUGUCAGCCUCGAGGAGCGGGUUCGAGAGACCGUGCGGCAGGUGGGCGAGCUGGGAGACGAGAUAUCUGCGGCUGCUGGGGACGAUGAGGACUCGGACGAGGACAGCGAUACUGCAGGCGAAGCCGGGAGUGACCUUGAUAUGGGAGAUGCCCGUACGUCGGACGAGAAGGAGAGCGAUAAGCUACGGAAGAAUGAGGUAGAUUACAAGUUGCUCCUCGGGUUCGCCAGGCGGAUCAGCAAAUACAAUAACGAAGCUGCUGCUGAUGCCUCGAGCACACGGAUGCCUCCAAGGGAGCCAAACGAGGACAGAGAAGGGCAGCCAGAGGCCAACGGGAAAGGAGAAGAGGACAGAUCAGCUCAGGAUCAGGGGCAGACGGGCGUGGGCAUCGCGUCACUCCCGCAAGACACCGUCUCCUGGUUGGACGAAACCGCCAAUUGGACUCGGGUCAUGUCUGCUCUGCCUUAUCCGAGCGAGGACCGCAUCCGCAUGGGACUGAUGGGCCAGCUGAAUGCCGUUGCGGCCGCGGAGGGCAAAGACGUCGACAAGGAGGUCGACCGCGUCCUCGCGGCUGCAGGACAGAGGAACUCGCCAGAGGAUGAGACGGAGACGUCACAGCAGCAGGCUGUUGCAGACGUUGAUACUGGAGCUGGUGGGAUCAGGGAGCCCGCACAGCAGCAGCCAGUCGUUGCUCCCAUCAACCAUCAAGCGAGGAACAGCGGUGGCCAUGUUGCAGAACCUGUGAAUGUGAAGCCAAAGCUGGAUCUUGACCUGUAUGACCCGGAUGAAGACGAUAUGUGA